AUGUCACUUGAGUUAUCAGAAGAAGAAAGAUUUGGUAAUGAUCAUCAUGGAAAUAACGAACUGGAUAAAGACUCGUCAUUAAUAGAAAAUGAAAGUUUUGAAAAAGAGAGACCUUGGAAAUAUAAAAUAAUUGCUUUGAUAUGCGUUUUGUCUUUAGCUCUGGGAAGUCAUUACUCGGCUCAUACUCUUGACGCCUUAAAAUCGACCAUCAAAACGGAAUUAGGCAUUCCAAAUUCAAAAUAUGGAGUCAUUCAGUCAUCAGUAUCAUUGGUUAAUACAAUUCUACCUAUUCUUGGUGGAAUAUUUCUUGAUACAUUUGGCACAUUAGUUGGUUCAGUAUUGGCAACUUCUCUUAUAGCUAUAGGAAAUAUAUUAGUAGCAUUAUCGACUGAUUUAAAAUCAUUUGCUGUAAUGGUCAUCGGUAGAAUAUUAUAUGGAAUUGGAAGUGGUACCAUUGUUAUCGUACAACUGACUAUUCUAAGUCAUUGGUUCAAAGGAAAAGGACUGGGCAUUGCUGUGGGAAUUCAGAUUGCUGUGUCAAGAUUGUCAUCCUUUUUGGCCAUUAUAACGGUUAAUCCAAUAACAAAGAGUACAGGAUCAUAUAAAUGGGCAUUUUGGUUUGCGGCAAGCCUCUGUAUCUUUUCAUUGAUAAUCAACCUCGCUUACGUUCUUUUGAUGAAAUUCCUUCAUGAGAGGGUAAAAACCCAAGAAUUAUUGAAGAUAAAACAAAAGAAACAGUUUAAUCCUAAAAAAUUAUUGAUUUUUCCUGCUAUUUAUUGGAUCAUUGUUUCACUUGAAUUUGUGUUGGGUAGUGUGUGGACUUCAUUUUUAACAAUCAAUACGGAAUUGGUAAAGAUUCGAUGGAACCAUACGGAUAUAAACGCAGCUUACAAAUCAAGUAUUUCUCAAUUAUUCCCAAUAUUUAUUUCACCUUUCCUUGGAUUUUUUUUAGAUCGUUUUGGAAAUCGUUCCUUGACAUUGGUUGGUUCCGCAGUAUUUCUCGUUAUAUCAAUGUGUCUCCUUGGAUUCACAUUAGUUACUCCGAUAAUUGGAAUGGUUUUUUUUUCAAUUUCACUUUCGUUAGGACCAGUUGUAUCAUUAUCAUCAAUACCAAUAAUAUUACCUUUAGAUUAUGUUGGUACCGCAUUAGGUCUACUUAAAUCAAGUUCAAACAUUGGAUCAACAAUUGAUGAUAUACUAGUAGGAUUAUUACAAGAUUUGGACAAGGGAAAGUACGAUAUGGUUAUGAUAUUUUACUUGAUCAGCAGUAUAAUAGCCGUAAUAGUAGCUAUCGGCUUAUUUUUUGUUUCAAAAAAUUGGUGCGAUGGGAUAAUGGAUAUGAAGGAGCGUGAAAGGAAAUGUUAUUAUGAAGAAAAACAUGAAGUUUGUGAUCAAAUCAUAUAUAAUCAAGAGCUGAUGCAAGUGUACUUUUCUAACCAUGCUAUUCUUAUUGUUUCAGAUUAG